AUGAAAAUAAUAACUUUAAUAUUUAUUAUUUUAAGUUUAGCUAAAUCACAAAUUAUUAAUGGACCAUCAUUAGAAUUUGGAGUAGUUGACUCCACAACAAUUAUACCAAAUUUAAAUUUAUCAAAUUUAACAUCCUCAAAGAACUUUAAAUCAUACAGUAGAUAUGAUUGGAGCUUUAUUCGUUUAAGCAUCAGAUCAAACGAUUCCCAAUUUUUAGGGUAUGCCGAUAUUCAUCCAAGAGUUGAUGAGUUUACAACAUUUAGAGUACCAAAUACACAAAAUUUAAUAUUUAAUUCGCUAAGUAAAAACUCAAGUAGUUCUUCAGACAAUACAAUUAUUACAGGUGGUCAAAAUGGAGUUAACCAAUGGCCAGGAUGGCAAAUAUGGGCAGAAAUAUUAGCACCCAAAACAAUUACAACUUUUACAACAAAGAUUGUGGACUCUCCAUGUAUAGUAAAUGGGACAAGAUUAAAUAUUACAAGUUGUGCAACUUUAGCAAAUGGUACCGAACCUACAACUUUUAAAGAAACUGUUACAACUAAUAGUACUGAAACCGUAUUAAUUACAUUGCCACCAAAGAAUAUUAUUGAUGUUAACAGUCGAACUUUUGUAAACUUCUUUGCUAUUGUUAUUCAACUAGACAAAGGUAAUAUUAUUGAUGCUAUUUGGGACGGUGAUAGACUACCCCAAGUAUGUAAAUCAUGUGAUUCUUGUAUCGAUAAUCAGUGUGGGUCCAAAUAUGAUGAUAUGCAAUGCGACGUUGGUAAUGGUUGUCAGUUAAAAAUAAUGGUUGCUUGGGCUGGUCAAGAUAAAAACAAUCAACCUUGUCAAUCAAUAAACAAAAUUCCCUCAAACUUUCAAAAAUAUAGCGCAACAUCAAUAAAAAAUAUUGGUACUGGUUUAUUAUCAGAUUUCUUUUAUAGGAUUAACGACAAUAAUAAUAAUCCAAAUACAGCAUAA